AUGGCUCCUUACCUCCAGAAUGAUCCUCCCUCAAGCGGGGAUGUCUCCGGUGCAUCAUCGCCUCCUUUAAUGGCCAAGUCUCUUCAGGAGACAGAGCCAAUUGCCAUCAUUGGAAUGGGUACGUGAAGCCGCUUUUUUGGAGACUUGAGUACGAUUCUAAUAUUUUGAAGGAUGCCGACUGCCAGGAGAUGUCAGAUCCCCCAUUGAUCUCUGGAAACUCUUGGUAGCAGAGCAAUCUGGACAAUGCGAUGUUCCUGCAUCCCGAUGGAACAUCGACUCUUUCUACCACCCUAAUCUUCAACGCCCUGGAAGCAUGAACACCAAGGGUGGAUACUUCCUCAAGGAAGACAUUCGAAACUUUGACAAUGGUUUCUUUGGAAUAAACAACAUUGAAGCGACCUUCAUGGAUCCGCAACAACGCAAGCUUCUCGAAGUCUGCUACGAAUGUUUCGAGAGUGCUGGCGCUCCUCUUGAGAAAGUAUCUGGUGCUAACAUUGCCUGCUACGUUGGCAAUUUCACUACGGAUUAUAUGAUCAUGCAAGCGAAGAACUCGGAUAACUUCCAUCGAUACAACGCUACCGGUAUGGGGACGACUAUCUUGUCAAACAGAAUUAGUCACGUCUUUAACCUUCUCGGUCCUAGGUGAGCUAAGACCAAAUUUGCCCUGUGAAGAAUAUACUAAACCUAAAUAGUGUUGUUCUCGAUACCGCUUGUUCUUCUUCUCUCUACGCCGUUCAGUAAGUUCACAUUUCCAUGCCCUAUCUCUCAAUAUAAAGGGGGAAAACACUGACAUAGAACUUAAAGCAUGGCCUGCGCCGCUCUCGAUGCGGGCGAGUGUGAUUCUGCAAUUGCUGCUGGCGCCAAUCUGAUUCAGUCACCAGAGCAACAUUUGGGUACAAUGAAGGCUGGUGUGCUUUCCGGUACAUCUACCUGCCACACUUUCGACGCCUCCGCAGACGGUUACGGAAGAGCUGACGGUAUUGGUGCUGUUCUCCUCAAACGACUAAGCAAAGCUCUCGAGGACAACGACCCAAUCCGAGGUAUCAUUCGUGGUUCAGCUGUCAAUGCCAACGGAAAAACCAAUGGUAUCACGCUUCCAAGUGCCGAUGGACAAGAGGCAGUCAUCCGAAAAGCCUAUGCUAAGGCCGGCUUGGAGCACGUACUCAACGAGACCGCAUACGUUGAGUGCCACGGAACUGGUACCCCAGUUGGAGACCCAAUUGAAGUCGAAGCUGUCUCCAGAGUCUUCAAGAAGAGGCUUGCAGGCAACCCACUUCUUAUUGGGUCCGUCAAAACAAAUAUGGGUCACAGCGAAGCUGCUUCUGGAUUCUCAAGCAUGUUCAAGGUUGCGUUGGCCCUUGAAAAGAGCACUAUUCCUCCAACUAUUGGUGUUAAGAAUGUCAAUCCCAAGAUCAAGACCCAGGAAUGGGGCGUCAAGAUUGUUACUGGACAAACAGAGUGGCCUUCAGAGAACCCAGAAUUCAGCUUGUCAAACCCAACACGAAGAGCUGGAAUUAACUCCUUCGGAUACGGAGGAGCUAACUCCCACGUUAUUCUGGAAUCUGCACAAAACUUCAUGCCAGCCAAGAGCGGCCCAUCAUCUGAACGAUUAUCUCAGUUGAGACCAACAUUCAUUCUCCCUAUUUCUGCCAACACCCCUGCAUCUUUAGAGGGACAAAUCAAGAACCUCUCAUCCGUCGAUAUGGGCGAAGUCAAUGUCGUCGACUUGGCUUACACACUUGGCGCACGCCGCUCCAACCUAUCUACCAGAGCUUUCACUUUGGCUGGACAGAAGACCCUCAAGGAAGAUCUCAGCCCGGACAGCAUUGUAUAUAUGGGCGAAAAGUCGUACUCGAAGCUCCCUUUCGCUUUUGUCUUUACUGGGCAAGGUGCUCAAUGGGCACAAAUGGGCAAGGAGCUGAUCGAGGAAUUCCCUUCGUUCCGCCGCAGUCUUGUGGUGUUGGACAAUGUUCUCCAAACUCUACCACAUGCUCCAACAUGGACUUUGCGACAGGCCAUUCUCGAUACUAAAGAUGUCUCAAAAAUCAACCAUGUCACUCGUUCGCAGCCUGUCUGCACUGCUAUUCAAAUUGCCUACGUUCAAUUACUCUCCAAGUGGGGCAUCAAGCCCGAUGCAGUCAUCGGUCACAGUUCUGGUGAAAUUGGGGCCGCCUUUGCCGCCGGUUUCCUCACAGCAGCUGAAGCGAUAAUUGUAGCAUACUAUCGUGGAUAUGUUGUGGGAGAAAGCAAUAACCCUGUACCAGGAGCCAUGGUGGCUGCCGGUCUUGGAAAGGAACAAGCUCAAGCUGAGAUUGACGCUCUUGGUCUCUCUAAGGCUAUCAGAGUUGCUUGUAUCAACUCCGCAGAAAGUGUGACCAUCAGUGGAGAUGCAUAUGGAAUCGACAAACUUCUCGCCAAGCUGCAGGAGGCUGGCACGUUUGCUCGAAAGCUCGCAACAGAUGGAAGAGCCUACCACUCUCAUCACAUGUCUCUUCUUGGACAGGAUUACGAGGACCUUCUCGAGCAAAACUUGCCAAGUGUUCCACAAUCAAAGAAAGAACACACCGCGCAAUGGAUCUCGUCGGUCACUGGAGAAGCUGUUUCUGGAAAGGUUCUCCCAAGCUACUGGCGUGCCAAUUUGGAGUCUCCAGUCCGCUUUAGCGACGCUGUUGAGGGUGUUCUCAAGAUCGCCAAAUUUCACAUGAUUGAAUUGGGUCCUCACUCCGCCCUUGAGCUUCCGAUCAAGCAAACCAAAACCAAGUUGAACGUCAAGGCAGAUGAUGUCCACUACUCUGCAGCCCUUACUCGAGGAAAGAAUGCUGUCACUUGUGUGUUGAACAUGGUCGGCCAACUUUAUCUGCACGGACACAACGUCGACUUUGCCCAAGUCAACUACGUUGAAGCAUCGACAACUUCGAAAGCUUCUCAUAACUCUCCAUAUGCUCAGCCCCAAGGCAAAGUUCUUCCAGAUCUGCCUCCAUACGCAUGGACUUAUGAGAACCUUCUAUGGAAUGAGUGCCGCUCAAGUGUCGAGUUCAGAGAGAGGAAGUACCCUCACCAUGAUCUUCUUGGUUCUCAAAUUCCUGGUGGCAAUGGCUUGCAAACAUGUUGGAGAAACAUUCUCAAGGUUGAAGACGUCCCAUGGUUGAAAGAUCACAAAUUGGAAGAGACAGUCGUCUUCCCCGGAGCUGGAUAUGUUGCCAUGGCUAUUGAAGCUGCGACUCAAGUUGCCGGCAAGACCGUCGCAGAUGCUCCAUCUUUCAGCCUUCGCCAUGUUCAAAUUCUCAAGGCAUUUGUUCUUUCUGCUGAUGCAAAUGAUGGAGGCGCCGAGAUCUUCACCACUCUCCGUCCCAUGGCAAUCUCAGGAACAACCAACUCUAAGAACUGGUGGGAAUUCGAGAUCACCAGUUUCAAGGAUGGAAUUUCCACCACUCACGCGGCUGGAAAGAUCAGUGUCGAGGAUACUUCAGAUAGCCUCAAGGCCUCGAUUCUGCCUUCUGCCAUAGAUCUUGAACCUCUCGCCAUGCGAAACUGGUAUGGACAAUUUAUCAAAGUUGGUCUCAACUUCGGUCCAGCCUUUACAUCCAUCAAGGAAAUCCAGACUCCAAGAUCCAAGACUGGCAGACAUGCUAUCGCAAAGACACAGCUCCUUCAAGGAGGCGGUGAAGGAAAGACAACUCAAUCCCAAUACAUUAUUCACCCCAUUACCAUAGAUGCUAUGUUGCAAGCUGGUAUCAUUGCCGGAACAUCCGGUGUGAUCAAGGAUCUUGGUGCAAAUGUGCCAGUUUCUAUUGGCGAGGCGCACUUCCAGGCACCUAAGACUCCAGCACAAGAGGAAUGGUUGAUUGAUACAUCUGCUGAGAGAGUUGGUUUCUCGGCAAUUGUCAUUACCGCUGCUAUGCACAAUGGUCAAGGUCAAACAUGCGCUUACCUCAAAGAUGUACACGCUACUGGAUACCAAGGUGCUGCUCAAGUGGAAGAGGAAGAGGACCGCGAGCCUAUGCUCAGAGUGCUUUGGAAACCUGAUGUGUCAAUCCUUUCAAACAAAGGCUUCGCUGAUUAUCUCGCUACGUCUGGACACUCGCAGGAGGCCAAACUCACUGCCGCAUUGGAUCUCAUUUCUCACAAGGAUCCGGCUCUCAAGAUAAUAGAUAUAAACAGCUCAAUCGAGCUCAGCAAGAAAUUCUUGGAUGUCCUCCGCAUAGACACACCAUUCAAACGAUACCGCUCAUAUGCCAGAGGCCACUUCUCAGAGAAAAACGAACUUGUCGUCGAGAAUGUCGAAUCUCUUCAAUCCCUUAAUGAACCUAAAGCAAGCAAGGGCAAGACCCAGGGAGAGUACGAUGUUGUUAUUGUACCAAGCGGUUUCGAGGGCCAAGAUUUUGCCACUUUCUCUCAAUUGCUUGCACCAGGUGGAAAGCUCCUUAUUCAAUCAUCCAAGUACCAUUCAUUCGAGGGAUUCUCUACUAUUGCCGACAAGACCAUUGCUAUCGCUACCUUACUUCUAACUGAGGUCGCCAAGAUCAAGAGACGUGACAUAUUGGUUGUCGAGGAAGCUGCACAAAAGUCCUUCAACGACAUCUUGAUCAAGAACCUUUCCAAACCGCUUGGUCAGACCGUUGAGCGUGUCUCUCUCCAUGACUUGACUGAUGCUGCUGUCAAACCAAAAUCCACCAUCAUCUCCACCAUUGAGCUCACUCGCCCUGCCAUGUCUACUUUGACUGCCGCUGAGAUGGUCAAAGUCAAGGUAAUGACCGAUAAAGCGCUCAACCUCAUCUGGCUCACUGGCGGCAACAACUUUCAGGGAGAGCGACCAGACUUCUCUCUAAUUUCUGGUCUCUCUCGUGCACUCAUGCUUGAACAGCCAUCUUUGAAAUUCAUCACUCUGGAUUUGGAUUCUCCUCAGCAGAGUAUGGACACCAUGUUGACAAUCAACAAAUUCCUCCAGGAUGCCCACCAAUCUGAUCCAACUGAUUUCGAAUUUGUGUUGCAGAGGGAGAUCCUCCACGUCAGCAGAAUGGUUCCAGAAGAGAACAUGAACAGAACUUUCCGUGAGAAGCAAGGAGAAAUUCCAAAGCUUACUUCCCUCAAGGAUGCCAAGCCAGCACGUCUUGCUAUUGGCACUGUUGGUCAAUUUGACAGCUUGUUCUUCAAGGAGGAGAGACCUGACAUCUCCCCUCUUCCCGCUGGCACACUCGAGAUUGAAGUAAAGUCCGUCGGCCUGAACGCAAAGGAUUUCUAUGCCCUCGCAGGUAAAGUCGAGACAAAGGACGCUGGCUGCAAGCUCGAGUGCAGUGGUGUCGUUACCAGAGUCGCUAGAGAGAACAUCAAUCGUCUGGCUGUUGGUGAUCGUGUUGUAGUCAUGAGUCCAGGACACUUCUUGACUCACGAGCGCUUCCCAGAAUGGGCCUGCCAAAAGCUUGAGGAUAACGAGGACUUCAAUGUUGUUUCCACUCUGCCAAUUGCCUUCUCUACUGCUAUCUAUGCCCUCCACAAUCGUGCCAAUAUCCAGGAUGGCGAGUCGGUUCUCAUCCAUUCCGCAGCUGGUGGUUUGGGUAUAGCUGCAAUUCAAAUCGCUCAGCUCAUCAACGCCGAUAUCUAUGCUACCGUCAGUACUGAGGCCAAAAAAGACUACCUUGUCAAGGAGUUUGGAUUGAAGAGAGAUCAUAUUUUCAAUUCUCGUGACUCGUCUUUCCUCACUGACAUCCUUGCUGCUACCAACGGCAGAGGUGUUGAUAUCGUCCUCAACUCUCUCACUGGUGAUCUCUUGCACGACAGUUGGCGAGCAUGUGCUCCUUUUGGAAGAUUCGUUGAGGUUGGAAAACGUGAUAUCGUUGAUGCAGGCAAGCUCGAUAUGGAAAUGUUCACCAAGAACGUUACCUUUACUGCUUUCGAUUUGAGUUUCCUCUACGACGCCUCCAACCCAAAGCUCUACCGCGUGUGGUCAAGCCUUGUCGCCGAGACCAUGUCACUCUAUAGACAAAAGAAGAUUCGAGCAGUCGAGCCAUUGAAGGUCUUUGAUGUCUCAGAGAUCACCCAAGCUUACCGCUACUUUGGUCUUGGUAACCGUAUGGGUAAGAUUGCAAUCUCUCUCGAGAACAACGACUCCAUGGUUCCAGUAAGUUAUCCUUGAUACUACCCACGUGAUGUAUAUCUAACCAUUACUUCAGACUCUACCUUCUAAAUAUGAUUCAUCUUUUAGCCCAGAGAAGACAUAUCUUAUGAUCGGAUGUCUUGGUGGUCUCGGACGAAGUAUAUCCAAAUGGAUGGUGAAGAGAGGUGCCAAGAAAUUCGUCUUCAUCGGUCGUACCGGUACCGAUAGAAAGCCUGCACGACUCCUUGUUGAUGAUUUGCAAGAAUCCGGAGCCCAUGUAGAUGUGGUUCGUGGUGAUGUUGGUAUUUACGCAGACGUCAAGAAGGCAGUUGAUCUCAUCAAGGGACCAAUCGGUGGUGUUGUCCAAGCAGCAAUGGGUCUUGACGAGGCACUUUGGACCAGCAUGUCCAUCGAUUACUGGCACACCGGUAUCGACCCUAAGCUCGUCGGGUCAUGGAAUCUUUACAACGCAAUUGAAGGACGUUCCAACGACCUCGAUUUCUUCCUCAUGACCUCUUCCGUCUCAGGAAGUGUCGGUACUGCAACCGAAGGAAACUACUGCGCAGCAAACUACUUCUUGGACGUCUUCGCUCGUUUCCUGAAGAGCAAGGGUCUCCCAGGUAUCUCCAUUGGUCUUGGUAUGAUUUCCGAAGUCGGAUACCUGCAUGAGAACCCUGAGAUUGAAGCACUCCUGUUGAGAAAGGGUAUUCAAGCUAUCAACGAGGACGAACUUCUCCAAAUCGUUGACAUCUCAAUCUCAUACAAGGGAGAUACAGUCUACGACAAAAUGGCCGCCAGCCACGUUCUCACUGGUCUUGAGCCUCUUGGAAUGAAGGCUCUCAGAAAAGCAGGAUUCGCCGGUACCAACCCCACGCUCAACGACCCACGUGCCAGUCUUCUUGCCGCUGCCCUCGACAGCGAGGCAGAUAGUGAUUUGAAGAACAACUCUGGUCUCCCGGCUGAACUUGCAGCUGCUCUUGAGGGCGGCGGAGAUAUUCUCGAUGCCGUCAUGGGAUUGAUCCUCAAGAGAUUCUCCAACCUGGUCUUGCUUCAAAUCGACAAAAUCGACGUCAAGAGAUCUUUGGCUCGUUUCGGUAUGGAUAGUAUGUUGGCAGCUGAGUUCCGUACUUGGUUCUUCCAGGCUUUCAAGGUGGAUGUUCCUUUCCUUACGCUUUUGGCUGAGAGCACUACUUUGAGUGCACUUGGAGAGUUGGUUUGCCAGGAGAUUGAGACGGAAUAGGUUAUUAUUCAGGGGCUGAGAUUGUCUCAUUGGAGUUUAUAUUCUUUGGUUUUUCGGACUGGCAUGUAGUUCCAUAUGUUGGCAAUUAGACGGAAGGACUCGGAAAUUGUGUUUAGAUGGUUCAUAAGAGUCUGUGGGUUGGCAUUUCCUUCCCUCUUCAUGUUUGGGAUGGCUUUAUAGAUUUUUUAACGGGUAUAUCAUAUGAAAUAAAACAAAAGUCUUC